GUCGCGUGCGGGGCCCGUGCCGGUGGGUGCGGACUUGCUUUGUGGGAUGGCUGCCGUGGAAGACCGGCUGAUCCUCCUUUCGGGCCGUUAAUUCACACGCUCACUCCCCGAACGUUUGCCGGGCCCCUGAGUGCCGUUCUCGGUGCUAGUCGUCAGGGACACGGCCCCUAAUGUCGCGGAGCUCAGUGUGACGGGCUGCCCCAGAAGGGAGGAGGCGGCAAGGUUCAAAUCAGUGGAGGAGAGACGUGGCUUGUUCUCUCUCUGUUAUUUCGCAUGAACUGUGCCUAGAGUGUACUUUUACGUGGGGAAGGUGCUGUGAAGAUGUGAGCUGCAACGCCAUCUGCUCGAGAUUUAACUCUUUGUUCUCUCCUCUCUCUGGCUGUUGGACGCGCACCUUUCCGGAGGAUGGGGGAGGUAACCAAUAACCAAGGUCCGGUGCUGUUACGUGAACUUGUGCUGCACUUUGGCGUAAAUUGCAAUCGAUUAGGGAUCGUUUCUCAGACUCGAGUUAGAAGUGAGAGUUCAGAUAAGUGAGGCCGCCAUUGCUGCUUUGAACACCUCAGAAGGGGAGAAUGGAUUUAUCAGGAGUGAAAAAGAAGAGCUUGCUAGGAGUCAAAGAAAAUAAUAAAAAGUCCAGCACUAGGGCUCCUUCUCCUACCAAACGCAAAGACCGCUCUGAUGAGAAGUCCAAGGAUCGCUCCAAAGAUAAAGGGGCCACCAAGGAGUCAAGCGAGAAGGAUCGUGGCAGGGAUAAAACUCGAAAGAGGCGCAGCGCUUCCAGUGGUAGCAGCAGCACCAGGUCUCGGUCCAGCUCUACCUCCAGCUCGGGCUCCAGCACCAGCACAGGCUCGAGCAGUGGCUCCAGCUCCUCUUCGGCAUCAAGCCGCUCAGGAAGUUCCAGCACAUCCCGCAGCUCCAGCUCCAGCAGCUCCUCUGGUUCUCCAAGUCCUUCUCGGCGCCGACAUGACAACAGGCGGCGUUCCCGCUCCAAAUCCAAACCACCCAAAAGAGACGAAAAGGAAAGGAAAAGGCGGAGCCCUUCCCCUAAACCCACCAAAGUGCACAUCGGGAGACUCACCAGGAAUGUGACCAAGGAUCACAUCAUGGAGAUAUUCUCUACUUACGGGAAGAUUAAAAUGAUUGACAUGCCUGUAGAAAGGAUGCACCCCCACCUGUCUAAAGGCUAUGCAUACGUGGAGUUUGAGAAUCCAGAUGAAGCCGAGAAGGCGCUGAAGCACAUGGACGGAGGACAAAUCGAUGGCCAGGAGAUCACUGCCACAGCUGUGCUGGCCCCCUGGCCUAGGCCGCCCCCAAGGCGUUUCAGCCCUCCCAGGAGAAUGCUGCCACCACCUCCCAUGUGGCGCCGAUCACCCCCACGGAUGAGGAGAAGGUCACGUUCCCCGCGGCGCAGGUCCCCCGUGCGCCGGCGCUCUCGCUCCCCCGGCCGCCGCCGCCACAGGAGCCGUUCCAGCUCCAACUCCUCCCGAUAAGCAGGGCCACCGAAGCUCUGCCCCCUGUAACUUAUAUCCUCUCUAACACAGUUUUGUCACUUUUCUAGCCGAAGGAGGGUCGGUAGGAAAGAAAUCCCUCACUCAGGGGCAGGCUUCAAAGGCAACAAUUGAGACAUUUCCCCUGAAGGCCAAGUUCCAGCUGCAGAAGUGUUGUUGGUUUGGGGUUGUGCCUAUAAAGAUGCCCUCCAGUUUUCUGGCUAGAAAGCUCCCACGUUUCCAGUCCCUGAGAGAGUCAGUUCACUGGCAAAGCCAGCAGGGACGAGCAGGGCUCCAGGAGGCAGCGUGGCCCGGGUCUGGGAGUAUGUUUUUCCAUUCCACAGACGACCUGGAGCUGUCUCGUGGCCUGCGGGAUCCUUCAGGAAAGGGUGGUCUUCAUGCAGCUGCUGUUCCUGUUAGCCUGGCCCUGCUCCCCUGCUUGAGUCCUCUCUGACCUCCAGGGUCAAACGCCCCAUGGUUGUUCCCGUAAAUGGUUCUGUUUUUACAUGUCCUCAUACACACGCACACACCCCCGUCUCCUUUUCUCUGAAAUGGUGAACAAGCUGAGAGCCAGCUCUGCAGGGUCAUCACAGACCCCUUGUUGUGGCUCUUAUUCAUGGUAGUCUUGCAGGUUACCUUGGCAAGGUGUACAUUGCUUUUUUGGCUUUUAUUGUACAGUCGUACUAUAAAUUUUCUGUUUUGAGUUUUGUAACUUUGUAGCAUUUUAGAUAAUGUUGUGUUUGUACUUCGUUGUGUAAAAUGAAAGGACUGUGUCAAAUAAACCUAGGAUUGGACUGCAAAUUGA